AUGGCUAUCCAUUCUCGAAAUAAGGCUUUGAUGUGCAAAGUUUUUCCGUCCAGUCUAGGACCUGUGGGGAUGAGGUGGUUCAACAGCUUGAAGACGAACUCUAUAGAUUCCUACAAGCAGCUCACCCAAGCUUUUUGUUCUCGUUUUAUUACGAACAGCAGGGUUCCUCGGCCUCUGAGUUUGUUGUUUUCAUUAUCUAUGCAUGAAGGGGAAACUUUAAAGUCAUAUGCGGAUAGAUAUUGGGAGAUGUACAACGAGAUGGAUGGUAACCACGACGACGUCACCAUCAGCACGUUUAAAAGUGGUCUCCCCACUAAGCAUUGUUUAAGGAAGUCCCUAACUUAUAAGCCUGUUACCAACGUUCGUCAACUUAUGGACAGGAUUAACAAAUACAAAAGGGUGGAAGAGGACCAACUACAAGGGAAAGGAAAGGAGAUCAUCCCUCAUAAGAGGAAUGAUUUCAGGUCGGAACGAUACAACAGCAACCACCCGAGAAGAGAUUUCGCGGGACAAUCUGGACUAACCAACACGUAA